AUGACGGCCAGGGUGCUGCGAGCUCAGGGACUGCCGUUUUCUGCAUCUAGGCAAGAACUUGAGGAGUUCUUUGCGGGGUACGCAUUGUCCGGAAGACUGCACAUACAAACUGAUGCUUUUGGUCAGCGCACCGGCAUCGCCAUUGUAGAGUUUGCGUCGCAGGCAGACGCGCAGAGAGCGAAGUCUGACCUAAACAUGCAGCACAUGGGCAGCCGCUACAUAGAGCUGUUAGAUGCCCGAGAUCGAGAUCUUGAUUGUCUUGCAUUGAGCAACGGCCAUAGCAGACCCACAGUGGGCAAGGUGCUGCGAAUGCAGGGGCUUCCUUUCUCUGCUUCGAAGCAGGAUAUUGAGCAGUUCUUCACGGGUUUCAAAUUGUCCGGAAGAAUGCACAUACAAGUUGAUGGUUUUGGCCAGCCCACGGGCAUCGCCAUUGUGGAGCUGGCUUCGGACACCGAUGCUCAGAGAGCCAAAGUUGAGCUGAACAGGCAGCACAUGGGCAGCCGCUACAUCGAGUUGUUGGAUGCCCGAGAGCAAGACCUUGAUUGUUUGUCUUCCAGCCAUGUCAGACCUGUCGCGGCGCAGGUGCUGCGAGUGCAAGGACUUCCGUUCUCUGCUUCGAAGAACGAGAUUGAUCAGUUUUUCGCAGGGUAUUCGUUGUCUGGAAGAGUGCACUUUCAACUCGACGCUUUUGGACAAAAAACGGGCAUCGCAUUUGUGGAGUUUGCUUCCGAGGCAGAAGCUAAGAGAGCAAAGUUUGACUUGAACAUGCAGCACAUGGGCAGCCGCUACAUAGAGUUGCUUGAUGCCCGAGAUCGAGAUCUUGAUGGUUGUUUUGGCGAUAGCAAAGGGGGCAUGAAGGACAGCAUGAUGGAAUUCCUACAAAUGAUGAGCGUCGUCGCGGGCUGGAGUGGCAAGAGUGGUGGCACCGCCGGCAAGGGCGGCGACUGGGGAAGCGGAGGUGCCGGAGGAGGUUGGGACAAGUCCAAAGCUCCCGCAGGUAAGGUGCUUCGAGUUCAGGGACUGCCGUUUUCUGCAUCGAGGCAGGACGUGCAGACAUUCUUUACGGGCUAUGCACUGUCUGGAAGAAUGCAUCUUCCAGCUGAUGCCGCCGGCCAGGCCACAGGCAUCGCCUUCGUAGAGUUUGCCUCCGAAUCUGAGGCCAAGCGAGCCUGGACCCAAAAGAACUUUCAGUACAUGGGCUCUCGCUACAUCGAGCUGAUGGAAGCGCGUGAUCAAGACAUUCAGAUGCAUUUCGGCAGUGGCUACAGGGCCAUGAAGGGCGGCCUUGGAGCAAGAGCAUUCCCUUAUUGA